CAAGUUACAUCAAUAAGGGAUCAUAGCUUUCACCUGGUCAGUCCAUGUCACGGAAAGAGCAGGUGUUCUUAAUAUUUCAUAUACUCAGUGUAUAAUGGAGCUUUCCAAACACAAGCACUGUAUUGAAAACAAUGAAAGACAGCAUUCAACUGUCAACGUAAGCAAAACCAUUACUCCCUAAAACUCCACAGACAGCAUUCAACUGUCAACAUAAGCAACCAUUACUCCCUAAAACUCCACAGACAGUCAUCCUGUAAGACCAUGGGUAGGCACUCUUUAGAUCACGUGUCAAACUCAUUUCAUGGAGAGCCCAGUGUCUGCUUGCUUUCGCUCCCCCCUUGUACUUGAUUGAUGUAUUGAGGUACUACUUAGUAAGGAACUUUCCUCACCUGGUUGUCUUUAUUGCAACGAAAAAGCAAAACCCUGCAGCCGCUAGGCCUUCCAUGGAAUGAGUUUGCCACCCCUGCUUUAGACUGGCUUUUUGCCGUGUUUAGGACUAAGCCAUUUCAUUAGUCCAGUCACAAAGGAAUAUCACACUUCUGACCCUAGACUAACUCCAAUCACCUACUCUUAACCCCUGACUUCUGACCCUAGACUAACUCCAAUCACCUACUCUUAACCCCUGACUUCUGACCCUAGACUAACUCCAAUCACCUACUCUUAACCCCUGACUUCUGACCCUAGACUAACUCCAAUCACCUACUCUUAACCCCUGACUUCUGACCCUCUGGCUCAGUCACAUCACUUUGAACUGUUAUUCUGAUUUAUCAGAGCUCUUGCAGACAAUGCUGCACCUCUCCUCAAAGCCCGCGGAUGUCGCCGUUUCUCCACCAUAUCACCUCUUACUCUCUCUUCCUCCCCCUCUCGGUUCCCGUUCUCAGCCCUGCUGUCUCUCUCUCUCUCCACUCCCCCCAUCUUUCUUCUAUGGGCUACAGCACAAGUAGAAGAAAAAAAUCCAGCUAAAAGCUUUUCCGGUCUGCUAGCCUUAAUUUCCUCUAAAGACGUCUCUCGCAGAGAGGAGAGAAGGACGCACACAGGCAGACUGACAGACCAACGGUUGUAAUUGCACCGGCGGUCACCGAGAAGACUAAUCUUCACUCUUAUCUUGUACUGAAGGAUAUGGUUUCUUUAGGAGGGGCAUGAACCGCGGAGCAGUGCUUCUCGGCGGCCUGUGCCGGGGAAUGUGUCCGCCGUGGGUGUGAGGGAGAGCGGAAUGGUCUGCCUGGACGGAACGCACUGGUCUCGCACGGCCGCUCCAGUCUCCGGUAUCCACGCGCUCCCGACUGUGCCAAUCGAGCGCGGCUCGGUCCAUAGCGGUGUGAUUUGUUUCACCGACGGCCUCAAACACAUUGGGCAGCCCACUUGUCUUUUAUCGUUACAUAAUUGAAACUGAAUGUCUGUGUCGCUCCCGUAACCCGGACUGAUUCUCAGGCAGGGAGGCAGAGAUGUGUGUGUGACACUGUGUGUGUGCGCCUGUGCUGGAUCCAGGGGCAGGGCUGUCUGUCUGUAACCGAUAUACCCGCCGAGUGGACCGGACUGGACUGCAUUAAUUGUACUAGUGCAUAAAUUAACCAAAGGCCAGCCCAACGUGAACCCUGGGUGGAAACCCGAGUCCAACGGGCAAUGAGGGGAACAGCUUUGCCUCUCUUUACUUCUCUGGCCCUCGGUCUGAUCUUUUUGUGUUUCUGCCAGAAGCAUCUGGAAAGGAUAACACGGGGAUCCAUCCUCUCCCCCAGAAAGUAGACUGGAAAAUAAAUCACAUCCUGGAUGGAGGAGCAUCCUUACUUCUAGAAAUGAUGGAUACAGUUGUCUCGAAUUCCAGCUUCAUGCUCAUGGCCUACUGCUAAUUUUAGAGGUGUAAAUUAUGGAAUGGAAAACUGGGUUUUAUUCUUUAUAAUAAUAACCUACAACUGGAAGUGUUUGUUAAAGUUAUUACACUGUUAUUAAUGACUUCCAUUGUUGAUGAGUUAUUACUGUUUUUCAUUUCUCUCAUUUUGCCAUUGGAUUGGCAAUGACCUAUUCACCCUGGCCACCAAUGCAUGUAACUAAGGAUAACUGGAUAACUGUGAUCCUCGCCCUCCAUCGAUUUUAGGCCGAGUUGAAGGAAUACAACAUCCUUUUCCCUAACUCUGAAACCACAACAAGUUGAAAUCACUAAGCCUCUGUGACAUGUCCUUGUAUCCAGGCAACGGAAUGUGACUGUAACUACCUUCUCCCUUUCUCUAACUUCUAAACUCCGUUGAAACUACACAUGCAGUGAAGAUGUGUGCAGCCAGGUUCAGUAGCAGCAGUAGUGUCAACGGGGACCGGGAUGAGACCACUACUAAUGGACCCGGUACGGGCCCGGCCACCACAUCCCGCAUGCUGGACUGGUCCGAGGAGGGCACCCGCAUCCUGCACAGCCUGGAGAUUGGAACGGUCAUGACCGUGUUCUACCAGAAGAAGUCCCAGCGACCGGAGAGGAGGACCUUCCAGAUACGACAGGACACUAGACAGAUAGUGUGGAGCCGCAACCCUGACAAGAUAGAGGGAGAGAUUGAUAUCAGGGAGAUCAGGGAGCUGCGGUUGGGUAAAGGUUCCCGGGACUUUGAGCGUUAUCCAGAGGAGGCUCGUAAAUUAGACUCCGCCCACUGCUUCAUCGUCCUCUACGGACUGGAGUUCCGCCUCAAAACACUCAGCGUGGCCGCCUUCAGUGAGGAGGAGGUCAAUAUGUGGAUCACUGGAAUCAACUGGCUGAUGAUGGAUACUCAGAGAGCCUCAGCACCACAACAGAUAGACCGGUGGCUGAGGAGACAAUUUGAGGUGAUGGACAGGAAUCGUGAGGGAAGUAUCACAGUAAAGGAUGUGAAGGCCCUGUUACCUCAUAUCAACUACAGAGUCCCCAACAUGCGCUUCCUCAAAGACAAGCUACAGGAAGUGGAAGCCAGGUGUGAUCUCUCCUUCCCUCACUUUGCUCAGCUCUAUAGAACAUUGAUGUUCGACGCACAGAGAAGUAUCAUUGAGCAGCUGGAGCUCUCUUUCCCCCUCCGGAAUGUGGACAGACCAGAGCUGUGUCAGAUCUCUUUUUACGACUUCCAGAAGUUUCUACAGCUGGAUCAGAAGGAGUCAUGGGCGUCGGACCUGAGCCGCGUCAGAGAGUUCCUAACGGGCUACCUGAGGGGUGGAGCACAGACCGAACCUAUGCUACAGCUAGAUGAGUUCCUCACGUUCCUGUACUCCAAGGAGAACUCAUUGUGUGACCCUCGACCUGCUGUUGUUGUCUCUGACGACAUGAAGAGACCCCUGUCUCAGUACUGGAUUUCCUCAUCACACAACACGUAUCUGACAGGUGAUCAGUUCUCCAGUGAGUCAUCUCUAGAGGCCUACGCUCGUUGCCUGAGGAUGGGCUGUCGCUGCAUAGAACUUGAUUGCUGGGAUGGGCCUGAUGACCUGCCAAUCAUCUACCAUGGCCACACUCUCACCUCCAAGAUCAAAUUCCUGGACGUGCUGCACACCAUCAAAGAGCAUGCCUUUGUCACUUCAGAGUACCCAGUGAUUCUGUCCAUAGAGGACCACUGUAGUGUGGUCCAACAAAGGAACAUGGCUACUCACUUUAAGAAGGUGUUUGGAGAUCUGCUGCUGACCAAACCAGUGGACCUGAAUGCAGAUGAGCUGCCCUCGCCCUACCAGCUACGCAGGAAGAUACUCAUCAAGCAUAAGAAACUGGUAGAGGGCUCUCUGUAUGAAGAGGUGACGUCAGCCAGCUACUCUGAGGCUGACAUCAGUAACUCCCUCAGGAAUGGCAUUCUCUACCUGGAAGACCCCAUAGACCACACAUGGACUCCCCACUACUUUGUUCUGAGCAGUAAUAAGAUCUACUACUCGGAGGAGACUUCUCACUACCAGACUGCCGAGGAAGAGGAGGAGGAGGAGGAAGAGGAGGGAGGGAGGGGGAAAGAGGAAAGAAACCUAAAUUGUAACAACAAUGAGCAGCACAGUGCAGAGCGCUGGUUCCAUGGGAAGCUGGGAGGGGGGCGGGAUGGGAGACAGGUUGCUGAGAAACUGCUGCAGGAGUACUGUGAGGGCGGGGGCAAGGAUGGGACCUUCCUGGUCCGAGAGAGUGAGACCUUCGUAGGAGACUACACCCUCUCCUUUUGGCGAUCUGGGCGUGUGCAGCACUGUAGGAUCCAUUCCCGCCAGGAGUCUGGCUCCACCCGCUACUACCUGACUGACAACUUGGUGUUUGACAGCCUGUAUAGACUCAUCUGCCACUACAGAGACACGCCCCUACGCUGCAACGAGUUUGAGAUGAGGCUGGGCAGCCCUGUACCACAGCCCAACGCACACGAGAGCAGAGAGUGGUUCCACUCCAGUCUUUCUCGUGUCCAGGCUGAACACAUGUUGAUGAGGGUACCCAGAGAUGGGGCCUACCUGCUCCGCAAACGCAGCGACAUCAACUCCUACGCCAUCUCCUUCAGGGCGGAGGGUAAAAUCAAACACUGUCGUAUCCAGCAGGAGGGCCGUAUGUUCAUGUUGGGUAGCUCAGCAGAGUUCGAGAGUCUGGUUGACUUGGUCAGCUACUAUGAGAAACACCCCCUGUACCGCAAAAUGAGGCUGCGCUACCCCAUCAACGAAGACACACUGGACCGCAUGGGCACCACGGAGCUAGACUAUGGAGCGUUGUAUGAAGUCAGGACCCCACAUUUCUACGUCGAGGCCAACAAGAUGCCCACGGCUCGGUGUACGGUCAAGGCCCUGUAUGACUACAGAGCCCAGAGGGACGAUGAGCUGUGUUUCCCCAAACAGGCCCUCAUCCUCAGCGUGGACAAGCAGGAAGGAGGCUGGUGGCGAGGUGAUUACGGAGGGAAGAAGCAGCUGUGGUUUCCUGCCAACUACGUAGAAGAAGUCCCCAACUCACCCGUCCGCGAGACAGGAGACGAGGCAUCUACAGAGAACAGUCCACUAGGAACAUUUCUCAAGGGCUUCAUCGAUGUGCCCACCUGCCACGUAGUGGUUCAGAAGGAUGGGAAGAGUUCCAGGCCAUAUGUGUUCACCGUCCACUCCCAGCAGAUGUCAAUUCACCCUGGCCAGGCACUGGACAUUGCUUCAGACACCCUGGAGGACCUGACCGGUUGGGUGGGGAAGAUCAGAGAGGCCACACAGAACGCAGACGCACGGAUGCAGGAAGAGAAGCAGAUGGAGAGGAGGAAGAAAAUCGCACUGGAGCUCUCUGAGCUGGUGGUCUACUGUAGACCUGUCCCCUUCAAUGAAGAGAAGAUCGGGACAGAGCGGGCAUGUUUCCGGGAUAUGUCAUCAUUCCCAGAGACCAAGGCAGAGAAGUUUGCCACGCGGGCAAGAGGGAAGCGCUUCCUGCAGUAUAACCGUCGCCAGCUCUCCAGGGUCUACCCCAGAGGACAGAGACUAGACUCCUCUAACUACGACCCUUUACCCAUGUGGCUGUGUGGAUCCCAGCUGGUUGCUCUCAACUUCCAGACUCCUGACAAGCCCAUGCAGUUGAACCAGGCUCUAUUCAUGCUGGGUGGGGGGAGUGGCUUCGUGCCCCAGCCUGACAUCAUGAGGGAUGACACCUUUGACCCCUUUGACAAGGACACCCUCCAUCUGGAGCCAAUCACCAUCCAGCUACAAGUACUGGGAGCUCGUCACCUCCCUAAGAAUGGCCGCAGUAUAGUGUGUCCCUUUGUAGAGGUUGAGGUGUGUGGGGCCGACUACGACUGCAGCAAGAGCAAGACCGACGUCGUGGCUGACAAUGGGUUGAACCCAGUGUGGGUUCAGAGGCAGUUUGUGUUUGACGUCCAUAAUCCGUCCUUCUCCUUCCUGCGUUUCUUGGUCUAUGAGGAGGACAUGUUUUCUGACCCCAACUUCCUGGCUCAGGCAAUCUACCCUGUCCGCUCACUAAGAACAGGCUACAGGAGUGUUCCACUAAAGAACAGUUACAGUGAAGAGUUGGAGCUGGCUUCUCUGCUGGUUCACAUUGAGAUUGUCAACGCCAAGGAGGAAGAUGAUCAGAACCUGUACUCGUCCAUCCAAAGGCUGAGAGACCGCACCAGUGAGCUGUCCAAUCAGGUGUCAGUUCUGGAGAGGGCGGGGUCAGGAGGUGACCACAGCUAUCAGCAGAGUCUGGAGGAGCUGAGAGCAGCACAAGAUCAGCUCAGUGAACUAGUGGAGACACGCAACCACAGGCUGAUUGAGAAGAAGAGGAGGGAGAAGUUGAGGCAGCAAGUGGGGGCCAAGCGGAACUAAAAUGCCCAUCUGACCACCAACCAACCAGUCCCCCUCUACUGCUGCACACUGAUGAUCUUACACCCAUGGAAAGACAAUUCAAUCUACCAAUAACUGGAUUACCCCUGCUAUAAGUGUGCAUAGACUACACAGAGAUGCACAGUGUGUUGGAUAAAAAGAGACAAAAAAAACACUCAUCUCAUGGAACAAAAACCUUCAGAAAUGGAACAUAGAAUGACAAAAGGGAUAUAAAAUAAUUCAGUGUUCUGAACAGCGAAGUCAGAUAAACUGAACUGACCUGAGAGUAGCGGUGUUCUAAUCUAUAAGGAGAAUACACAGGAUAUGUAUCCCAAAUGGCACCCGAUUCCCUAUAUAGUGCACUACCUUUGACCAGGGCCCAUAGGGGUGUGGUGCACUACUGUAGAUAGGGAAUAGGGUGCCAUUUGGGAUACAACCAUAGCCUCUAAGAGAGUACGGUAGUGUCAGAGAGUCAACCAUUAGUAUAGGCGUAAUCCAGACUCAAAAUCUCUCCAUGCUACAACUGAAAACUGGAAUAAUAUUAUUUUAUUGACCACAGAGGAGCUAUGAGAGUGAGAAUCUACUAUAUUGGCCGUGGCACAAAAAUGGCUAAAGAGAGAAAAUGGGAACCACUACUCAUGGACUGGCUUUGAAAGGGCUUUUAAAUGGGAGCAGGACCACAUCUUUUCCUCAAAGACUAAAGUCUUCUUCUCCUAUCCUGGGGCAGCAGACUGACUAACAGCAGGGACUGGAGUCUAAUGCCCUCUAGUGUUAGUGAUGUGGUAUUGUUUCCAAAAAUAGACCCCUCUUCCGUUACCUGGGAGAGUAUAAACAGGACUUUUAUUACUGUGUUCAUUAGAGACUUACUAACACUGCAUGUCAUAUUGUCAUGUAUUUUUUAAAGGGCUUUUCAGUAUACUAUAAUAUACUAAAAUAUACUAUAAUAUAAUACACUACCUUUUAAGGAGCAAGAGGAGAAGCAGAGCAGGAGAGAGAGAGGGGGGGAGGGAGGGAGAGAGAGAGAGAGGGGGGAGAAAGAGAGAGUAUACCAGAAAUAUAAGUAAUCUCUCACCACAGGACUGUCUUGAACCUAUAGGUUUUCUUCAGGUCUGUGUUUCCUGGCUAUGCUGAUCGGAUCAGAAAAACAUGGUGUGGGUCUCAAAUGUCACCCUGUUCUCUAUAUAGCGCACACCUUUUGACCAGAGCCCCUAAUCAAAAGUAGUGCACUGGGGAAUAGGGUGCCAUUUGGGAUGCAACAAUGGCAAACAAGGGCUAUCUAUAACUUUGACCUUACUGCAACUUGUCACAUUUACAGAUCCUAGCCACCAAGUUGUUGUUAAAGGAAAAAUCCACUCAAAUACUACACUGAACACAAAUAUAAAAGCAACAUGCAACAAUUUCAAAGAUUUUACUGAUUUACAAUUCAUACAAGGAAUUAAGUCAAUUUAAAUAAAUAAAUGAGGCCCUAAUCUAUGGAUUUCACAUGACUGGGCAGGAGUGCAGCCAUGGGCGGGGCUGUGAGGGCAUAGGUCCACCUACUGGGGAGCCAGGGCCAGCCAUGGGCGGGGCUGUGAGGGCAUAGGUCCACCUACUGGGGAGCCAGGGCCAGCCAUGGGCGGGGCUGUGAGGGCAUAGGUCCACCUACUGGAGAGCCAGGGCCAGCCAUGGGCGGGGCUGGGAGGGCGUAGGUCCACCUACUGGGGAGCCAGUCCCAGCCAUGGGCGGGGCUGGGAGGGCAUAGGUCCACCUACUGGAGAGCCAGGGCCAGCCAUGGGCGGGGCUGGGAGGGCGUAGGUCCACCUACUGGGGAGCCAGUCCCAGCCAUGGGCGGGGCUGUGAGGGCAUAGGUCCACCUACUGGGGAGCCAGGGCCAGCCAUGGGCGGGGCUGUGAGGGCAUAGGUCCACCUACUGGAGAGCCAGGGCCAGCCAUGGGCGGGGCUGUGAGGGCAUAGGUCCACCUACUGGAGAGCCAGUCCCAGCCAUGGGCGGGGCUGUGAGGGCAUAGGUCCACCUACUGGGGAGCCAGGGCCAGCCAUGGGCGGGGCUGGGAGGGCAUAGGUCCACCUACUGGGGAGCCAGGGUCAGCCAUGGGCGGGGCUGUGAGGGCAUAGGUCCACCUACUGGGGAGCCAGGGCCAGCCAUGGGCGGGGCUGGGAGGGCAUAGGUCCACCUACUGGGGAGCCAGUCCCAGCCAUGGGCGGGGCUGUGAGGGCAUAGGUCCACCUACUGGGGAGCCAGGGCCAGCCAUGGGCGGGGCUGUGAGGGCAUAGGUCCACCUACUGGGGAGCCAGGGCCAGCCAUGGGCGGGGCUGUGAGGGCAUAGGUCCACCUACUGGGGAGCCAGGGCCAGCCAUGGGCGGGGCUGUGAGGGCAUAGGUCCACCUACUGGGGAGCCAGGGCCAGCCAUGGGCGGGGCUGUGAGGGCAUAGGUCCACCUACUGGGGAGCCAGGGCCAGCCAUGGGCGGGGCUGGGAGGGCAUAGGUCCACCUACUGGGGAGCCAGGGCCAGCCAUGGGCGGGGCUGGGAGGGCAUAGGUCCACCCACUGGGGAGCCAGUCCCAGCCAAUCAGAAUGAGUUUUUCCCACAAAAGGGCUUUAUUGCAGACAGAAAUACUCAUCAGCAGAAAAUAAGCUUUUUGUGUAGAAGAUUUCUGGAAUCUUUUAUUUCAGCUUAUGGAACAUGGGACCAACACUUUACAUGUUGUGCUGAAAAUGUUUUGCAUGUCAUCAGUCAAGUUUUCAACAUAUUGGAAUUUCAAAAAGCAAAGUGUCAGUUGCACAUCAUAUGAUGCUUCUUGGAAAAGGACCCAUAAGUAUUUCACUAGUCUACACCUGUUGUUUACGAAGCAUUUGAAAAAUAAAAUGUGAUUUGAUACAGUCCCAAAAUGUGUUGCAUGUCACCAGUCACGUUUUCAAGAUAUAGGAUUUUCAACAAUGCAGUUAAAGAUAAAUAAUAACAAAUAUAUAUUUUUUUGAAAUAGUGGCUAUAUACAGGGAAUACCAGUACCGAGUUGAUAUGAAGGGGUACGAGAUAAUUGAGGUAGCUACAUAUUCAGUAGGUAGGCAUAAAGUGACUAGGCAACAGGAUAGAUCAUAGACAGUAGCAGGCUGCCAGCAGCGUGUGUGUGUGUUGUGUCAGUGUGCAUGUGUACGGUUAUGUGUAUAUGUGUGUGUUGGGAUGUCAGUGUAAGUAUGUGUGAGUCAGUGGAGGCUUCUGAAGGGAGGACAGCUCAUAAUAAUGGAUGGAACUGCACAAAUGGAGUAGCAUCAAACCAUGUGUUUGAUAACAUUCCCCUAAUUCCGCUCCAGCCAUUACCACGAGCCCGUCCUCCCCAGUUGGUGUGAGUCACUGGUGUGAGUGUGUGUGUCCAGUGUGUGUGUCCAGUGUGUGUGUCCAGUGUGUGUCCAGUGUGUGUGUCCAGUGUGUGUGUGUGUCCAGUGUGUGUGUCCAGUGUGUGUCCAGUGUGUGUGUCCAGUGUGUUUGUCCAGUGUGUGUGUCCAGUGUGUGUGUCCAGUGUGUGUGUCCAGUGUGUGUGUCCAGUGUGUUUGUCCAGUGUGUGUGUCCAGUGUGUGUGUCCAGUGUGUUUGUCCAGUGUGUGUGUCCAGUGUGUGUGCAUAGAGUCAGUGCAAGAGAGUUGCAAAAAAGGGUCAAAUAAGGUAGUCCGGGUAUUCAUUUGAUGAGCUGUGGUCCUUCUGUAGCUCAGUUGGUAGAGCAUGGCGCUUGUAACGCCAGGGUAGUGGGUUC